GUGUCGGUCUUAUUCUCACCUGGAUGUGGGGUCGAAUAUGUACUGUGUUGAGGGUUUUCAUGGCCUAAUGUGUUCUCGAUGCAUUUGCGUAAAUGAAGUUGUAUAGUUCAUCUCGUAAACUUGAAAAAUGCGUGUGCUACAGGCGUUUACGUUUGAGUAGAAUUUUAGCAUUUAUUCCGAUUAAACGGUACUUCGUGAUUGAAGAGAAAGAAUAGAUGCCAGAAUUAUCGCGUGAACGAGUUAUUCAGACGCUGGAUUCAGUCUAUGUGCCCACAAGUCAUCAUUCGAACGGAAUGCACUGCGCGAUGUUCCGAGCUUGAAACGUCUGACGGACGAUGUUCAACUUUCACCGGGACGCUGUUCGGAUCCAAGUUCAGUGACUACGCGUUGAGCUACUUGGCCGUCGACGAUGUUGGCGAACAAACUUAUUUACCUUUGCUCAGCGACUGGGACUUGGAGGCGGCAUUUACGUCGGCAUCCGAACCUUGCUUGCACCUCAUCCUGAAUGCAAGGCCCAAUCAUGACGACGAGCGACGCAACGAAGCCCUGGCGAUCAACUCGGCAGAAUGGGACGUGGUCCAUUCAGCUGAACUUCCACAGCCCGUAGCUGAAGUAACCACUUUGAAAGGUCAAGAUUUCCUGAAUGCCAGCAUCGGAGUUCCGGCCAGCGAAGACGCCUUCCUCAAACCAAACAAGCUGCAUGGCAUCAUAAAAACUAAAGUUGAGAGAACGUACAAUAACAUUCUUCAAGGCCUCAACAAAGCCUUCAGCUUCGUAGAACUAGAUCCCAUGACCGUCGGCGGAAUCUCUGUGAAAAACCCCGUGAACGACGCUGAGUUUCAUUCCUUCCUCGAUGCCGUUGGAUGUCUGGUGAAGCCGAAAGAGCUCAGAACCGCAGUUUUUCGCGGCGGAAUUGAACCCUCGUUGCGCAAGGUAGUUUGGAAGCAUAUCUUGAACAUUUACCCCCCGGGCAUGACUGGUAGAGAGCGAAUGGUUUAUGUGAAGAACCUAUGCGCUCAGUAUGAGAUGCUCAAGGCCGAGUGGAUCACUAGUGCUAGUUUCGCUGCCGCAGCUGCGACUCCGCCAUGCAUAGAAACCCGAAACUCGUAUGAAAGAAUCGUCCGCAUAGCAAACAUGGUCCGGAAGGACGUGUUGAGAACUGAUCGAACCCUGGAUUUCUUUGCCGGCGACGACGAAAACCCGAAUACUACGUCUUUGUUUAAUCUCUUGACGACGUAUGCGUUGCAUCAUGCAUCCGUGGGGUAUUGCCAGGGAAUGUCUGACAUUGCUGCCCCGUUGCUGUUUGUCAUGCGCGACGAAGCCCAAGCUUAUGUGUGUUUCUGCGCGCUCAUGCGUAGAAUGAAGCCAAAUUUUCAGUUGGACGGCGUUCAAAUGGCGCAGUUGUUUACCCAACUGGCGAAGGCCGUCGGAGUCUACGACCCCAGGUUUUAUCAGUAUUUGUGUGAUCAGCAGGCCGAUGAUCUGUUGUUCUGUUACCGUUGGCUUCUGCUGGAGCUGAAGCGGGAGUUUUGCUUCGAAGAUGCUUUGAGGAUGCUGGAGGUUUCCUGGAGCAGCGUGAAGCCCUGUGAAGAACCGUUGGUGUUGCGUGAAGACGCGUUUGAUGGUGAUGUUAAACCGGCGGAAGUGAAGACUACGGCUUAUGCAAGAGUUAGAGCGAUGAGGAGACAAAGCACUUUUCAAGGAACUGGUGGUGGUUGUGGUUCUGCACCAACGAGAGCGAGGUUUAUUCCACCGCCGCCGCCUCCGUCGCAGAAUUUUGAUUCGUCUCUCGAGAUUUUGGCCACUGGAGAGUUUGAGUGUGUGGGUACUGCGAAUGGGCCAGUCAGCGUUUCCUCCACCCCGGAAAUUAUUUCGUCGUCUGAAGUUCAGAUUAGUUAUUCCCCUUAUGAGAUCAUUGAUACUCCGCCGCCGGAAGAAAGCCAGACUUCAAAAACUUCGGAGUCUUUAGGUGAAUCCUCGCAAACUCUGACGGAAGAUACGAGGAGCUGUGAAGAAGACAGGACCCAGAUUUGCGGAUCGGACAAGGCCGGCCCGAGCAACGAAGACGAGAAGCGCGUCAAGAGCUUCAAAGAGUUCCUGAAUCUCACCUCGAAGGAAUCUUCUUCGUCUUCACGUGGCUACGAAGGAUCUGCCGAGUCGUCGUGGAGCGCCGCAGCCGGCGACUGCAAAGCGGACCUAAAGCAAGAAGAAAACAGCAAUCCGUCCUCGUCUUCGGACUCUGGCCUCGACGAAGACGACCGAGCGGCGCUUUUCGGCAACAACUCUUGCGAAGAAGUCACGGAAAGCACCAAGAUGAUUGCCGCCCCGCCUUUGCUACCCGGCCCGGACGAACUCGGUUGCGGGCAUCCGUUUUUGAUAUUCCUGAGUGUGACACUGCUGAUUCAACACCGCGAAGUGGUGAUGAAGCGAGGGAUGGACUAUAAUGAGCUUGCCAUGUACUUUGACAAAAUGGUGCGGAGGCAUAAUUUAGAUGAAAUAUUCUUGGUUUUGCUGGAUGGGUCGGACAGUAUUGUGAUGGAUGCUGCGACUAGUGGAAAAAGGCGCAGCGCAACAAAGUCAUUGAGUCAAACGGAUGAGCCCCGUGCAUUGCCAAGAGUCACUCGUUCAAGAGCUGCUUCUGGGAAAGGGCCGGACCCAGUGUUCGAUUCUCCGUACACUUUGCGGAUCCGAACCCGUUCCCGAACCCCAUCUCUCACCGGUUCUCCGAAAUCACUGCAAAAGAAGCAAGUUGUAGUUUCAUCGCAAAAUUCCUUAGCUGCCAUCUCUGAGAAUGAGGAGAAUAAUCGUCAAAUUCACUCGGACAAGAUCGAGCAGUUUCCUUCGAAUUCCGCAUCUCCUUCCGCUGCCAUUUACGAAUUCGAAGAUGAAGACGAAGACCCUGGAAAGAAUGAAUCGGAAAAGGCCUCGGGGGUUGUGAUGGACAGUGAUUCAAGUCGUCCUUCAUCCGCUGUACUUUCCAACGACCAGAUGGAACACGAAGUUCGCGAAGUCAUUGGAGAUGAGGAAAUUCCCGAGGAUCUCUCGUCCGACGAGGAGAACGGUGUGUUUGUCAAGCAUGAAGCAAUGGAUGAUGACCUUGUCAUGUAUUCUGAUGAGGAGGAUGUGAGCGACGAGGAAGAGCCUGGUCAAUCGGACGAAGACUUCAUUGCCCCUGAAACCGAUGAUGAAGCAGGAUCAGGCCAUGAUGAUGAUGAAUCUGAUCAUGCUGAAGGCGAAGAUUUUCCUGUUGAUCCUUUAGAUUCCAGCAACGGCUCUCGCACCCAACAAAAUUCGAAGAUCAGGCUAUCGAAGAGUCGAAAGUCGAACGGUAUCCAUUUUGAAAUCUGUGACGAAAGCUCGAAUUUCCCUAAGAAAUCGGGCAACGGAAGAGAUCCUCUAGGAUCAAGUGAUGAUGACGAGAUUGAACAUCAAUCAUAUGAUCGAAGCCCGUCGAAAAAAAGCGCCACUGUCAAUGGAAUCCCGGAGAAGCCGUCGAAAAUCCUGAUAGAUCAUAACGAGAAUUUUCAAAUUCCGCCUCGGAAAAGUAGCGGCAUUCUGGAAGCUACUUUCACGACCGAAACGUUGAAAUCUACUCCUGAUUCUCCUGGAAAGACACUGAGAGAAAGCGCGUUGAAGUCUCAAGUCGGAUCACCGAGGAAGAGUCAAAAAUUUGAUUGUGAUGAGGAUGAGAUCCCGACGCAAAUAUUAUCUAAUCAGAAAACAAACAACGAUUCUGAUGCCGCCAGCUCUGAUGAAGAAGCUUCCGUAGUCAAGGAAAAUGUGCCAAAUGGCUACGGUUCAUCAAAAAUUGCAGGAAAGGAGGACGGAAAAUCGGGUCGUUGUUUGGACGUCAGCAACGAUGACCACGUCGAGAAGCAAAUCUCAAAUGGUUGUGAUUCACCUAAAAUUUCCCCAACCAAACUUGGUCAUCCUGUUGACGUAUUGCCAAAAUUGGCGUCGGAAGAUUCAUUUUCGGAAGAAGAAGAUGAUGAUGUUGAUGAUAUUAUUGAAGACGACUCAAAUGGAAGAUCAAAUGACGAGCCGAUUCAGCCAGCGGAAGAAGUUUCAUCUGCAUCGCGAUCAACGAUUGUUUUUCCGGAGUGUGUGGUGAAAAUUGAAGUGCUGUCUGAAAAAUCGAAGCGUUGGCAAGACGAGGAAAUUUCAAACGAGGUGAGAAGUGUGGAAGCAAAGCUCAUGGAAGAAAACGAGUGCGUUGAACUUGAUGAUUCGUCUGCCGAAGAGACUGACGUUUUUCAAUCAAAACAAAAUUUGGCUCAUGAUUCAUCUGACGACGACGAUGAUGAUGAAAUAAAGAACCUGUCUUAUCCAAAGAUGGGUUCUGCCAGGAAGAGCUUGGGCCCAAAAGAGCGUUAUGAAGUUGACAGUGAUACCAGCAAUUCGCUCGCUGAAGAAAUGGAGAAGCACUCGAGUUUCAAUUCUGAGCAAAUGCCUGCGAGAAAAUCAAAUUCUCCGCAAGAUCACGAGAAGAGAUUGUCUUCUGAUGCCCGGAAACGAUCUGUUGUGAAAGCAAAUAAUUCCGCAACGUUGGAAAAUCAACCAGCAGCGCGUGACAAUUUGGGAGCAAUUAAUUCGGAAACUGCCGGAGACUGUGAAGAAAUUCAAGAAAUGGAAGUCGAUUCGAUGAAAGAAGACCUGGCCGAACCAAAUGCCUGUGUUGAACUCAACGAGAGCUUGGAGCAGCCUUCAUUGAAUAAUGGAGGUAAGGGACCAUCCGGUGAAGUUCAGUCGUCUGUUGUGAUCGUCGAACUCGCAACGGUUGCCCCAGAAGCUGAUCAGCAUGAAGAUUCCAAUGCGGAAGAGCCUAUUAUUGAAGCUCCUGUGGAGUCCGACAAAGGAUCUGUGGAUGCAAAUAUUCCUGAGGGCAUCGACGACGACAGCCAAUGGACAGAAUACGAUUCACCUAAAGAUGCCGAACCUCCGCGAAGAAUGCUCGGCUUGACAAAAACUGAGCGCCGAAAGCUUCUCGAACAUGUGAUGCGCAAUUCGAAGGACUUCCGGAAGAAGACGCCGAGUCCGGACAUCGUUCUACCGCCUUCUGUGGAAGUUGGUCAUCCGGAAGUGACAAAUUCGGGUGGAACUUCCGCGGAAAACUUUGCAGGUUCAUCCGACGUCGUCAACGUGGAGUCGGAUAAUGCGAAUACGUCCAAAAUGCCGAAAGCCUCGAUCAUUCAAUCUUUUGAAGAACGAAGAGCUCGUCUAUGUCGCGAAAUCCGGAUUACAAUGGCUCGCUUGCAAUUGUUGUACGAUGACGUCUUCGGAUUAUUUGGCGAGGAAGUUGAAGAAACGCGUCCACAAUUCCUUCAGCGAUCCAAAACAACUCUACCUAGCUUUGGUGACGACCGUUUUUCCCAGAAAAACUUAAAAUCCAUGCCCAAGAAGAAACUCAAGCGGCUCCAGAACGACUCCGUCAAAAGAGUGACUUUCGGAAAAGAGAAAAAUCGAGUAAAGAAGGCCAAAAAACAUCAGUCCUCUUCCGAAGAUGUCGAGGAAAUACCAAUGUCGAUUGUAGAGGAGGAACCAGAUUCUAUCGAGCCUUCGCAAUUUUCUCAAAAUCCGAAGAAGAAAAGAAAGAACAAAUUGAAGCUUGUUGAGGAAAAUGUGGAACCUUUGGAAACUGUGGAAGAAAUUCCAGUUUCCGAUGCAGAUUUUAGCGUUAAAAAGAAGAAGAAAAAGAAACAGCCGGAAAAAGCACUGGAAAUCGUUCUAGACCCCGAAGAUUCGCAUCCUCACAAAAGUGAUUCCCUUUCCAAGAAAAAAAAGAAGACCAAGUCGGUGUCUUCGGAUGUCGCAUUGUCUGAUGAACCACUUCACGUGGAAGAAGUGGAAGUUUUAGACCUUGUUACACGUCGGAAGAAGAAAAAGAAGAAACCCUUGCAAGUAGCUGAAGCUGAGGCUUUUGUCGAAGAAAAUCCAGUGCCUUCAGCUGUUCCGGAAAAGAAGAGGAAAAGACCCGCCUCUGAAGCUGAUGUUGAAUGCGAAAUCGUGUUUCAAAAGAAACCGAAAAAGCUUAAGAAUCGUGAAAUUCCCGAAUCUGAAGGAAAGCAAAUGUCUCUCAUGGGAAAAAUGAAGCUGAUUCUGCAGUCCUCAAAUGAAUUCAAGCCCCUUAAGAAGCAGCGGAAGAAGAACCAAACAGAAACUGCGGAUUCGGAAGAUGUCAUUCAAGAAUCUACGGAAAAGCUCAAGAAACGAAAGAAGCGUGUGCCACUGGUGGAAGAAGUUGUCGCUGAUGAUUUUCCUGCAUUUCAGAGCGAACAGGAGCCGCUGCACCCAGCAGCUCUUGAUUUUUCGGAAUCUCAAGAACUUCUCGAAACCAAGAAGAAGAAGAAGAAGAAAAAAAAGAAAGCCGAACUUCUUGUCGAAGUCGAGUCAACAGAGUAUGUUGAAAACGUCGCGGACAACUUGCAAUUGAAUAUAACUGCUGAAGAAGGCAUUGAUUCUCUUCCCGAAAAGAAGAAGAAGAAGAAGAAAAAGAAACAGCAUCUAGAAGAUGUUGUCUGCGAAAAUGAAGAAAGCGCUUUUUCGUAUCAAAUUGACACUGGUGAUAAAUCCGACAGUGAUGUAUGGUAUUCGUCUGGAACGUCGCGCGAGAAGUGUCGAAAGGAGCGUCAUUUUCCGCAUCAACCCCUGGCGUCGUCGAGCCGUUUUCUGACAUCCUCUGAAGAGAGAAGUGCUUCCCCGAAACGCAAAAACUCCGAAGAAAUUUCUGCAGAUGUCGUCGAGAAGCGUAAGAAACCCAAGAAACAGCCUACUGCGGUGCCUGAUAUUGACGCUGGUGCAAAUGCUCAGAAUCAAGAGAAGACUCCAGAGAAGCUCACGAAAAAACGCAAGAAAUUCGCUGCUAUUCAGUCAGUUGUCUCAGAUGAUCUUUUGAACAAGAAAAAAAAUGCUGCAACCAAUUCUGCGAAAGUUGGCGAAUUUGUAUCUUUGUCGCUGGUAAAAAAUCGGGGGGCUGAAGAAAAGGAACCGAAACGCAAAGGACAGCUUUCGCGGGCCGAAAGCGGGAAUGAGGCGAUCCCUGAGAAAAGACCGAAGAAGCGAAAGUUCUGUCCGGAUUUAAGCCAGGAAACAGCCGGCAAAGCCAAAUUGCGUAAGAAGUCGAAGACUCCGAUUCAGGAGGACAAGGAUGAGGAGCCCCUGUGGGACCCUGUGGCAUCGCCAAGUUUAAUGCCGUCAAUUGCUGCCCAAAAAUUGAAGAAGAAGAAGAAGAAGAAAUUCUAG